UAUAAAAUAAUUGAGAACUCAAAGUUUCGCGCCAGUUUAUUUUCAGUUCACGGAUUAUGUUGAUGAUUUCGAAACUAUCUCACGUUGAGUGAAGUGUUAACAAUCUGAUGUACACCGAUUUGUUGUGAAUUAUCAUCAUGGAUUAUCAGCCAGUUAAGCUAGAUAAUAUUAUAUUUAAAAGAAAAAGAAGAGGAAAAUUUCUGCUAUGCAGCAUAUUAGUCGCUCUUCUAAUCUUACUGGUAAUUGCUUUGGGAGUUUACGUGUUUGUACUCAAAGAUAGGGGCAUCUGUAAGACACCCCAAUGCGUGGAGGCCUCGAAAACGAUUGUAGGCAACAUGGAUAUGAAAGUAGAUCCUUGUCAGGAUUUCUAUAAGUUCGCCUGUGGAAAUUUCUUGAACAAAACAGUAAUACCUUCCAGCAAGACGCUUGUCGAUUCAUUUUCAACCCUAACAAAUGUCAUCGAUAAGCAGAUCCACACGGUCCUGGAAGAACCCUAUAACAAAGAUGAUACGAAAUCGAUUCAUAUAGUAAAAAAGGUUUAUAAGUCAUGCAUGAACGAGACAGAUAUCGAACUCAACUCUCUGCGAACGAUAAAGAAUCUUUUGAGGAGAUUUGGAGGUUGGCCUGUUAUUGAGGGAGCUAGGUGGAACGAAGCCAGUUUCAACUGGAUCGAAACCCUGCUGAAGAUGAAGGAUUCUGGUCUACCAUACGGGAUAUUGAUGGAUUUUGCUGUGGAGUUGGAUGACAAGAACUCCUCCAGGAGGAUACUGACGGUAGAUCAACCCUUCAUCCCCUUCGAACCACUCAAGAGAGGCCCCAGGAACAACCCCAUCUUGGACGCAACCCACACCUUCAUGGUAAACUUGGCUGAGGAAUUCGGUGCCAACCGAAACACCGCAAACAGGGAAAUGGAAAACGUUCUCAAUUUUGAGAUGGCCAUUGCCAAGAUCAUGGUGCCCCAAGAAGAAAGACGUAACUUGGAGGACGAAUACAAUCCGAUGAGCAUUAGGGAUUUGGAGAGAAAUUAUCCAAUUGUUCCUUGGUAUAGUUUCAUCAACAGGUUGGUCUUCCCAGCGAAAGUCACUUAUGAUACCAACCUGGUGAUUUAUAUCCCUGAAUAUCUGCGAAGAUUGAAGGAAAUCGUUGACAAAACUUCGAGGAGGUUGUUGGCCAACUACAUUCUCUACAAGGCGGCAGGAUCGAUGUUAACCUAUUCCAACAAGAAAUUAAGACAAAUACAACUAGAGUUCACCAAAGCUACCGUAGGAGUUCAAUCUAGUACCCCCAGAAAUGAACUUUGUACUUCGAUUGCAUCAAGGCUAGACAUAGCGACAGGAGCCUUGUAUGUACGGAAAUAUUUCAACAAAGAAUCGAAAGUAGAUACAGAAGAAAUCGUGAAGGAUAUAGAGGAUCAGUUCAGUAAGACUUUGAAUGUAAUAGACUGGAUGGAUCAAGACACGAAAAAUGCUGCUCUGGAGAAGCUCCGUCAUAUGGAUAAGUAUAUAGCCUAUCCUGAUGAAUUGAUGGAUGAUACCAAACUCGAGGGCUACUAUAAAGAUCUACACCUAACAAAUGAUAAUUUCUUGGAAAUUGUGUUAAACGUGUCGAAAUUUCAAACUGAAAAAGACAUGAUGCAGUUGUCUGAACCAGUAAUCCGAUCAGAUUGGAGGACUAGGUCAUCAGUAGCAAUCGUCAACGCCUUCUACGAUCUGAACGCCAAUGCCAUACAGGUGCCUGCUGGUAUACUCCAAGGCGUCUUCUUCAAUGCCAAACGACCCAGAUAUUUGAAUUUCGGCGGCAUAGGUUACAUAAUAGGUCAUGAAUUCACGCACGGUUUCGACGAUGAAGGCAGCCAAAUGGACCAAGAUGGAAAUCUUAAGGAGUGGUGGAAGGGAAGCACCAAGACGGCCUAUGAAGAGAAAGCGAAAUGCAUUGUUGACCAGUACUCGAAUAUAACAGUGCCUGAAGUAGCAAUGAAGAUAAACGGUAUCAACUGUCAAGGAGAAAAUAUUGCCGACAACGGUGGUAUAAAACUCGCUUAUCUAGCCUAUCAAGAAUGGGUCAACAAGAAUAAGGAAGAGGAGAAACUUCCAGAUCUGGACUAUUCCCCCAAUCAAAUGUUCUGGAUCGGAGCAGCAAAUGUUUGGUGUUCCAAAAUAACGACCAAAGCUAUGGAACAGGAGAUCUUAACUGAAGUGCAUCCCCCAGAUAAAUAUCGAAUAAAUAUACCAUUUGCGAAUUCUGAAUAUUUCUCCAAAGAUUUCAACUGCGCAAAAGGUACACCCAUGAAUCCCAUACAGACGUGCAGUGUGUGGUAUCCAUUCAAUUUGUUCUCCACUCCUCGAUGGACACGUGCAGUACACCUCAAGAAUCGUAGGAUGUUGACGAAAUUAGAACAAGUUUUGAUCGGUACCAUAGUUUUCCUCAUUUUAUUGGUGUUUUCGAUACUUUUUAUCGUCCACUUUGGUUUUGGUGUUAGAGAUGAGAGGAUAUGCAUGAGUCCCUCAUGCAUGAAAACAUCAUUGAGUAUCUUGGAGAGUUUAGAUCACAAUGUGGAUCCUUGUGACGAUUUUUACAUGUUCGUUUGUGGAAAUUACCUGAAGAACAAUUUCAUCCCUGAUGACAAAACAGAGAUAAGUUCGUUCUCUGAAGUAGAGGAUUCGCUAUCGCAUAAAAUGAGAAUUCUAUUGGAGGAACCUGAGGAGAUGAACGAAAUCAGACCAUUCAGAUUCAUAAAAACCCAGUACAAGACUUGCGUGAAUUCCAGUCAAGACAAUACGGAUACUCUCAAAUACCUUCUCAGACAAGUUGGGGGUUGGCCCGUUUUGGAGGGAGAAAAUUGGGGAGAUCGCUAUUUCGACUGGAGAGAACUCGUCCACAGGCUCAGAAAAGCUGGCCUAUAUUCCGAAAUAUUUUUAGUGAUCAACGCCGAAAUAAUGAUGAGUAAUUCCUCACAAAGAAUACUGGAAGUGGAUGAACCUAUGAUCAUUUGCAGGGAAUAUUUGAAAAAUGGAUUGGGUGACAAAAUAACCAAAGCCAUGUACGAACUGAUGGUAGAUAUAGCAGUCCUUCUGGGCGCUGAUCGUCAAAGGGCAGAAGAAGAAAUGGGGAGAGUUAUCAACUUUCUAGUGGAACUUGCUCAGAUUGCUGUUAGUCCAGAAGAAAAACGCGCCUCCUCAUCUCUUAAUAAUUUGAUGACUGUCAAUGAUUUGGAACUUACUUUUCCAAUUGUUAAAUGGGAGUCCUACAUAAACAACCAGUUGCUGGGAUUGACGAGAGUUGAGAAAAACACAACUAUGAACGUCCUACACCCAAAGCAUUUGAAAAAAUUGAAUGCCUUGAUAUUACACAACGAGAAAAGAACAAUAGCAAACUACAUAAUGUGGAUGGUUGUCUUUUUUGAGAUACAAUAUUCAAACCAACAGCUUCGAGACAGACUGAAUGAAUUUUCCAAAAUAGCAGAGGGAAACACGCAAAACAUUCCAGUAUGGAAAAACUGUGUCGAUGAUGUGACAUAUGGGCUUCCUCUAGUUGCUGGAUCGCUUUAUGUCCGUCGGUUUUUCAAGAAAGAAGCGAAAGAGAAUAUGCUGGAGUUGGUCGAUCUGAUUCUCCAACAGUUUAAAAGGGAACUGUUGGGCUUACAAUGGAUGGAAGAAGAUUCAAAGAAAAGGGCAUUAUUGAAAGCCGAUUCUAUCACGGCUUUCAUAGGUUACCCUGAUGAAUUAUUAGAUAAUAAUAAAAUGGUCGAACACUUCGCUGAUCUUGGUAUACCACCAGAAAACUACCUUCUGUUGGAUCUAAGGUUGAGAAAUUUCACAAUUAAGGCGCAUUAUAGGUUCCUGUUGGAAGGAGUGGAUAAGAAAGAUUGGAGAAAGCAGCACUCACCUAUUGAUGUAAAUGCUUUUUACGAAUCUAGCUCGAACAGUAUACAUUUUCCUGCUGGAAUACUUCAAGAUAAUUUCUUCGACCACGAGGGGCCCAAUUAUGUAAAUUUUGGUAGAAUUGGAUUCUUAAUUGGUCACGAAAUUACCCAUGGCUUUGAUGACGAAGGAAGGCUCUUCGACGAGAAUGGAAACAUGGUCGAUUGGUGGAGUGAAAAGACGAAAAAUGCGUUUAUGGAAAAUGCUAUGUGCAUUGUAGAGCAAUAUAGUAACAAUACUGUUCCAGAAGUCAACAUAAAGAUCAAUGGUGCGAACAGUCAAGGAGAGAAUAUAGCCGAUAAUGGUGGAAUAAAACAAGCUUAUUUAGCAUACACAAGAUGGCUUUCAAAUCAUGGACCGGACAAGUACUUACCAGGCCUUUCGUUUUAUACCGAUCGACAGAUGUUCUGGAUAGCAUCCGCCAGCAGCUGGUGUUCUAAGACACGACCGGAAAGACUGAAAACUAUGCUUCUCUCGGACGAGCACGUUCCAAUUUAUUACAGAAUAAACAUCCCCCUCGCGAAUUCCGAAUAUUUUGCUGAGGAUUUUAAAUGUCCGUUGGAAUCAAAAAUGAAUCCAAUUACGAAAUGUAAAGUAUGGUAAUCAGUACUUUUCGCCAAAUAUAUUUUAUUGAAUACGUA